CGAUUCGAUAAAUCGAUCAGUUUUCUAGGUUUUGUCGCUUGCACACAAAUACAAGGGAAUAGUAAACAAUUAGUAAAAACAUAAUCAAAAUCAUAGAAAUUUCUAAUGUCGGAUACAAAUUUAUAUGUAGCAGAGCCAUCUGUAAAUUGCGCGGAAAUUUUUUUGGAUGAGAAAUGGAAGGGUUGGUGUCGUCUUUGUGCGAAAGCUGAUGGCCAAUACAUCAAUGUUAUAUCGAGACAGUGUUUACAACAGAUUAAUGAAAAUGGAAUUAAUUACGAUAAGAAUAUGGCCCAUGUAAUAGGAACGUUUUUUCGGGUCCAUAUUGAAGAGGAUGAUAAAUUGUCGCAGGUAAUUUGCGCCGAGUGUUGCGGAAGUGUAACAAACCUCAUACAAUUUAGUGAGCGCGUAAAUAAGGUCCAACAAAUGUACAAUGAACUACAGAAUUUUACAGGCAAAGAAAAACCAGAUUUACAUUUGUUAUUUGUGAAGUAUGGUAUCCUAAAAGAUGAAUCAUUAAUUCCACAAUGUAGGACUGCCCUUCCAGUUGAAGAAAUUUUCGUUGCCGAUUUAGCGAGUCUAGACGUGGGUGAUGUCCAAAGUAUUAAUGUAAAACCUGAUAAAGUAUCGACUCAACUCCAGGGAGAGUCGUUAUUACAAAACGAAGACAAGAAAGAUGGGUUUCAUGAUCCGAUCGCUGAUGAUGAGGGAAACAUCUACCAAAAUCCUUAUAAUUCGUCGGAAGAAGAAGGCAGUAGUGGCAGUGAAAAUAAAUGUAAUAAUAAAGAUGCUUCAGAAUUCGAAAACCGAAUGAUCCGAAAUAAUAGGAGUAGAAAAAUAUUAAAAAAGUGCCCUGAGAUCUCUGAAGUUGUCGGAAUGAUAAAUGACCACUCUUGCAGCAUUUGCUCACAGAGAUUUCAACGUCGAAGUACCUACUCCACGCACUUGAAGAAGAAACAUGGAGUAAUCAUUUGCUUCCAAUGUCCUAGUUCUUUCAAAAGUGAAUCGAAUCUGAAACGUCAUAUGAAUGAUCACCAAAAGUUUUUCAGUUGUAUACAUUGCGAUGAAAAAUUCGAAAAAAAGGGAUCUAUGAGCAACCAUAUAAGGAAUGAACAUAAGUCUUAUCAGCCAUUUGUCUGUGAAGCGUGUGGUGAAGCAUUACGUACAAAGAAGCAACUGAAGCAGCACAUGUUAAUUCACUCAGAUUAUACACCCUAUAAAUGUAAAGAAUGUGAGAAGAGCUUCAAAGAGAAAUACCGACUGAAGAGACAUUUGGAAAUACAUGGAGACAAACACAUUUGCACAGAAUGUGGGAAACAACUAAGUUGCCGGGCUACAUUAAAUAUGCAUAUGCUAGUGCAUUCCGAUAAAAUGCCCCACAAAUGUGAUUAUUGUGGACGAACAUUUAAGCGUGCCAAAACUCUUAAAUAUCACCUAAUUGCCCAUACUGGUCUUAGGCCAUAUUCAUGCGACUUUUGCGAAAAAACAUUCUCCACCGGUUCAAGUUGUCGUUUUCACAAAAAGACCAUGCAUCCAUUGGAAUUAGCUGCACUGGAGGCUUCAGGAGCAAAGACAUAUACGAAAAAUGUACCAAACUUGGAUGUACUGAGAGCGGUAGCGCGAACGGGGGAAAAUUUUAUGCCUCUGGCAUCCAAACAAAAGGGUUACGUAAAUUUAAAAUAUACAAGGGAAAUCCAAUCAGACGAAGUAAAACCCACUGACGCUGUGAUAAUGGAUAAAUAGUAAACUAAAUAUUAAGAAAAAACUUAUAUAAGAAAACAAUGAAGUAUAAGGGUGCGACCAGAGUGAGCGCUGAAAGCCGAGCCGAGAUUGUCAGUGCGAUAAAGAUUGUCAGUGCGAUAAAACUGAUUACAUACAAGUCAAUACAAAUAAGCUUGUGUAUAACACAGUGAGCGCCGACAAGAGCAGAGAGCAAAGCCGAUGAGUGCGAGAAAACAGUUUCAAAGCGUUUUGCUCGCUUUUUUGGAUUGUUGAUGUUUUCCAAACUCUUUUGUGUUAAUAAUUGCAUUAAUCACACUAGGAGAAGCAAAAUACUCGUCAUCAGAUGAAUCCAUUACCGUGUACAGCAAUUUUAUAAACACAAAUGAACAACAAAAUUAAAUGACAUAAGAGCAAAACACAUGGAAUAAACAGAAUUUCAGCGCUGAUUCUCGCAUUCACUGUGUUAUAUACAAAUUUUCUUCUCGCAUGAAAAUAAGCGUCAAUAAGCUCGGCUCGGCUCCGCUCGGCAUCAGCGUUCACUCUGGUCGCACCCUAAAUAUCUAAAUGAAUAUUACAGGACUUCAAUUUUUAUUUAAUGACCACUUUUUUUUAUUUGUUAUAGAAUGGGUGAAAUAACCAGUGCAUGCGAUAAAUCUGUUAAUAGAA